UACACAAUAGGUAAUGCCGAGGCUUUCAAAGAGGAUGGGAAUGUUGAAUUCAAGAAGAAGAGAUACGACAUAGCCGUGGAAAACUACACAGAAGGCAUCAAGAUAAAGUGUCCUGACAAGACUCUGAACGCUGUCUUAUAUACAAACAGAGCAGCUGCCCAGUUCUACAAAAAAAAUUACAGAUCAGCCCUUCAUGAUGCAAUCAUUGCUAGAAAAUUCAAACCAGACCACAUGAAAGCUAUUGUAAGAGGUGCUCAGUGUUGUAUGGAGAUGAAGAAAUAUGCAGAAGCUAGCUUAUGGAGUGAUCUAGGACUAGCUAUAGAAGAAACAAAUACAGUUCUUUUGGACAUAAAACAAAAGGCAGAAAAAUUUAAGCAUAUACAAGAAAAAGAAAAAAGGAAAGAACAAGCAAAAGAACGAAAAGAACUUGCAGAGCACAAGAAACUUAUAGAUGCAAUAAUGAGUCGUGGUAUUAGGCUAGCUGGACUGGCAGACAAAGGCUACGACCCACUUCUCUUCACUAAUGUAGAGCUACACAAUCCUAGUGGAGCCAUGGUUUAUGUGGAUGCUGACAGCACUCUUCACUGGCCUGUAUUGUUCAUGUAUCCAGAACACACACAGACAGAUUACAUUGAGGACUUCAGUGAAAACCACACAUUUUAUGAUCACAUCAUACAUAUGUUUGGUCCAGAGGUACCACCUGCUUCUUGGGAUCUUGACAAGAAGUACAAACCAGAAAAUUUAUUGAUAUACUAUGAAGACAAGGAGAAGACCACAUUACAUCAAAUACCUCAAACUUGGACCUUAUCGCAAGCUCUUAAAAAUAAAUGGGUUUUGGUUGAAGCUGGUACUCCAUGUUUUAUUCUUCUGGUCAACAAGUCACGGUUUCAGGAACAUUUUAUCAAAGAAUACACAGUGCUUUCUCAUGAAAAAUAAAAUCAGUGACAAAUAUACUU